GAGCAACAGAAACCUCUUCAACUGCCUCCUCGGGUGUAAACUGGUAACGAACGGAGCCGACCUGGGCAGGAGGUAGUGAAAUAGUGCGUGGCGUCCCCUUUUCCAGCAGGCGUAGGGCACAGGCGAAGUCAUCGAACGAGAAAACCUUUUCCCUGUACUCGCCGCCCGACGGCCGUGUGGGAGCGAACGGAACGGCGCGAUGGGCUGUCUCGGUCGCGCUCAGGGGACGUGGUGUCGACUGGGCCGUCAGCAAAUGCUCGAGUCGCUCUGCCACACACAAACGAAUGGGACCAGCCCAGGCUGCGUGUUGUGUGCUUUAGAGGGAAGCGUUACGCGUGAUUUUUUCCGGAAUAAUUAACGCAAAAUUUGCAGCUUUCGCGUGAAAUUAAGUUUGUGAUUGCAAAGGUGCGUGCCCCGUGCGUUUGGCGGCAAAGUGAAAAGCGAGUGGGCCCGGGUGCAAGUGCCUUUUCCGCGACGAGUGCUGCGCUUUCUUUUGUUUUUCUUUGUAUCGAUCUCGGUGGCGACGACGGCCGUCGUUUCGUGGCGUAUUUGCGGCGCUGGUAGGCGCGAGCGGGGCGGCAGGCGGCGAGUGGAGCCAGUGGAGCCGUGUUACGUAAAGCAGUGAAGGACCCCGAGGCUGCCGUGGAAUAUGCACCGCACGAGAAGCGGCCAAUUUCCCGGCUAAAUUCCAAGUCUAUUGCAACAAGGAUUGCCUUUACUUCUUGGCCCAUAAAAAAUAAAAAAAAAGAUCAAUUGAAAAGGCGACAAAAUAUCUGCGGUCACUAAGUUAUAUCACAUUCAAACAAUUCAAUUUCCUCGUAAUUCCAAAUAAAGCUGGAGGCUCAACAAGGAAAUGCCACCACCGGUUCUGAAGUCCGUGUGGUCAGCGCCUCAGUGGUCGCACAAUUGCAAGCCCAAGGACUACAGGGAAGUGAACUCAAUGCUGCUAUUAUGGCAGCAUCACAACCACAAACGAGUACAACAGCACAUAUCCAAAAUCAAACAAAUAGUCAACCCCAAGUUAUUACCCUACAACAAUUGCAAAGUUUUUUACCACAGCAAAUGGGGACGAUUUCGACGGAUGGAGCUCAAGUUUCGGCUGCAUCGGCGACAAAUGCCACGCCGGUGAAAACAUUUGUGGCAAAUCCACAAAUGCCUCAACAACAAAUAUUGAAUUUACAAAAUUUACAGGGAAUUCCACACCAAUUUGUGCAGGGUGGACAACUCAUUCAAAAUCCUGGAAAUGGUAUGCUGUCUGUAGUUCAGCCUCUGCAAACAGUUACAGUUGAUGGACAGGAGGCGUUGUUUAUACCAAACGUGGGCAAUGCACAAUUUGCUGGUGCUCAGGCUGUUCAGAUUAAUGGACAACAGUGCAUUCUCACACCCAACGGUCAAAUUAUAAGGGCACCACCUGCCGGAGUGUUGCCUGCACAUCUUCUCCAGAAUAUGGGCCAAACAGUUCAAUUGCCUAACGCUGCUUCUGGUCAAGCCACGAUAACAAUUCCCGGAACGAACAUAACAAUUCCUAUAGGAACAGCAACAUCGGUGACAAAUGCCGCGGCAACUGCCACUACAGCACUAGCAAGUGCUAAUGCACAAUCGACAACACAGAAUCAACAGCAGCAGCAGCAACAACAACAACAGCAUCAAACGCAACAACAAAAUCAACAACAGUCACAAAAUCAACAACAGAAUCAACAACAACAACAAAAUCAAGCCAAUCAACAACAAACGCAACAACAACAAACAGCACAGCAAACUACGAUAACGAUACCAGGAACAAAUAUACAGAUUCCAACGUCAGUUGCUGCUGCCAAUGGUUUACUGGGGAAUGCAUUUCAAACUAGUAAUUUUGCUGGGAUUAAACUUGAUGGUCAAAAUAUACAAGUUCGACCAAAUGGAGCUCUUCCACAUGUAGUACAAUUUCCAAUGACGCAAACAGUUCCAGUACAGGUGCCAAUUAAUGCAGGAAAUGGUCAAACAGUUUACCAAACUGUUCAUGUGCCACUUCAAGCAUUUGCUGCAACAAUGCCUGGACUUAUUCAGCCACAGAUGCAGAUAAUACCACAAUUUACCCAGGUAGCGAAUAUAAUAACACCAACUGGUCAAAUUCAACAAGUUCAGCUGGCACCAAUUAAUCCCAUGGCAUUGCAUGCCGCCCAAACAGCGGCUACACCUUCAAAUGUGAUAUUGCAGCAAGCUGCACCGAAUCUAGCUUCAGUGACGAAUUCACAGAAUGCGGCGUCAUCAACUUCACUGAGCAAUGUCACCUCGUCCAAUGUUCAAGCUGUUGCCGGAGGUCAAGAAGGAACUCAAGCACAACCGAUAACCAUUACAAAUGCCCAGGGGCAACAAAUUACUGUGAUUCCAACGCAGGCUUUACAUCAAUUUCGACCUGCAAAUGCUGCAAAUAUAAUCCAGAUGCCUAACAUACCGGGUUUACAGGCGAUCCCUGUGCAAAAUAUUCCUGGAUUAGGUAAUGUGCAGGUGAUACAAGCUAAUGGCGUUAAUGUUGGACAAAAUUUGACAACGCAAUCUAGUACGCCGACAGCAACGACCAAUAAUCCUGCGAUAACUGCUUCCACUACGCCCAUAUCAAUAACUCCACAAAUAACCACGAUAAAAACCGAGCCUACCGAAAUCAAAUGGCUAAUGCAUAGUCCUGGCACGAAUGCAACUGCUGCCGCACCACAAGCUCAGACUCAGCACCAGCAACAGCAGCAUCAGCAACAACAACAGCAGACUCAUCAGCAACAGCAGCAGCAACAACAAGCCCAACAUCAGCAAGCUCCACAAUCUACACCCAAUUCUCAACCCCAUCCUGCUUCCCUGGAAUCCGCGGGCCCUGGACCCAUUCAUAUGGCCGCGAGUCAACAACAGUUUGCUCCUACUCAAGCCCAAAAUCAGACCUCGGUGAACGUAAAUAUCAAUGUGAAUGAUGGAAUUGAUGUGAAGCCUAGACUGAAACGAGUUGCAUGCACAUGCCCAAACUGUACGGAAGGAGAGAAACAUUCGGAUCGAAAGAAACAGCACAUUUGUCAUAUUCCUGGAUGCAACAAGGUAUAUGGCAAAACGUCACACUUGAGAGCCCAUUUAAGAUGGCAUACAGGUGAGCGACCAUUUGUGUGCUCAUGGUUGUUCUGUGGUAAGCGCUUCACAAGAUCCGAUGAAUUGCAACGACAUCGUCGGACUCAUACCGGCGAAAAACGUUUCCAAUGCAGCGAGUGUAACAAGAAAUUUAUGCGCAGCGACCACUUGUCCAAGCACAUCAAGACUCACAACAAACCAAGAAAUAAUUUUGAUUCAAUGGUCGAGAUGAAAAAUGAAAUGGAAAUGAAAGUUGAUGGUAAUAGGCUUGUAAUGGGAUCGAAAAUGGAGGGUUCAGAAGAGGCGGAAACUGAUGAUAGUACAGUUGUACUCGAAGUCACAACGAAGGGAAAUGCUGAAGGAAAUGUUACUUCUGCCGCGUCGACACCGAUGCAUUCAAAUAAUUCUUUAAUUUGGGUGUCGCCGGCUUUGCAUCAGCACAACCAAUCGUCGCCGUCCACUCCACCGCCUCCGCCACCGCUCUACAGCAUCAAACAACUCACUUAUGCACAGGAAGCUGCAACGUCAACACAAUCCCAUUCCUCCGACAGUAAUGAUAGUUCAGAUGAGAAAAUGAUGAUCCAAAUUGCUGAUCCGGAAAUAGGUGACAAUUCUAACUAGCAUUCAGAGUUGCUGUUCAUGGAUCAAAUUGCCUCCUUUGGUGGGGGUAAAUUUUCCUUUGGGCAGUUCGAUAUGAAAUGAAAUAAAAUCAAGAAAAAAAUGUUGUUUCUUUCGAAAUAGGAAUGAGAAUUUCGGGAAUGCUCGUUGAGGGUUUCCUUAAUUUUAAAAGAUUAUUUUGUUUUUUAAUUAAAAAUUAAUUAACAAGUGCUUUGCUUGCUUCCAUGUGAAAAAGGAAACAAUGUUAACUUCAUAUUGGCAAGUUGA